AUGUCUAACCAAGAAAUUAAUAUAGCGAUCGAUGAAUCACCAUCUGUGGAAGAUGGAAAUAAAUUGUUUCAAGAGUUGGAAAAUCAAGUCAGAGAACUUAGCAGAUCAAAAUUAUUUAGAGAGAUUGUAACUGAUUUUGGUGGUGAAGUUGAUAUUGAACUUGGUGAAAAAUAUAAGGAGAAUGAAGACGACUUCAAACUCCGUAAAUACUUUGAAAACUCACAGAGAAUGAACUUGGAAAUAGGAGGAAAGCCAAAGAAAAUGGGUGUCUCUUUCAAGAAUCUAACUGUUGUUGGUCAAGGUGCCGAUACUUCUGUUAUUGCCGACAACUUUACACCAUUUAAAUUUUUAUUAUCUGCAUUAAAUCCAUUUAAUUUUGUAAAUGGAUAUAUAGAAGAUGGAAAAAUGUUAUUGGUUUUAGGUCGUCCAGGGUCUGGUUGUUCUACUCUGUUGAGAGUUAUAUCCAAUCAAACGGAAUCAUAUAUCGAUGUAACUGGUGAACUUAAAUAUGGAAAUAUUCCAGCCGAUGAAUUUGGAAAAUAUAGAGGUGAAGCCAUCUAUACACCAGAAGAAGAUAUCCAUUUUCCAACACUCACAGUUUUCGAAACACUCGAUUUCACAUUGAAACUUAAAACACCAAGUCAACGUCUACCUGAAGAAACAAAAGCAAAUUUCAGAUCGAAAAUAUAUGAUCUUUUAGUUGGAAUGUAUGGUUUAGUAAAUCAAAGAAAUACUAUUGUUGGAAAUGAAUUUGUUAGAGGUUUAUCUGGUGGUGAAAGAAAGAGAAUGACAAUUACCGAGGCAAUGGUUUCAGGUUCAAGUAUUACAUGUUGGGAUAGUUCAACUCGUGGAUUGGAUGCUGCAUCCGCUUUGGAUUAUGCCAAGUCAUUGCGUAUCAUGUCUGAUACUCUUCACAAGACAACGAUUGCAUCAUUCUAUCAAGCAUCUGACUCGAUUUACAAUCUUUUCGACAAGGUAAUGGUUUUAGACAAAGGUCGUUGUAUUUAUUUUGGACCAAUCGAACUUGCCAAACAAUAUUUCUUGGAUCUCGGAUUCGAUUGUGAACCAAGAAAAUCGAUCGCCGAUUUCCUCACCGGAAUCUCCAACCCACAGGAACGAAUUGUUCGUCCAGGAUUCGAAGGUCGUGUUCCAGAGACAUCAGGAGACUUGGAAACCGCAUGGAAAAACUCUUAUCUCUUCAAACAACAGAUGGAAUCGCAACAGAUCUACGAAGCUACCGUUGAGAAGGAGCAACCAUCCGCUGACUUUAUCCAACAGAUUCGUAAUGAAAAGAGUAAGACUGCCGGCAAGCGUUCUGUCUACAGUGCCAGUUUCAUCACUCAAUGUAUUGCACUCACCAAACGUCAGAUGCAAUUGAGUUAUGGUGAUAAAUUCACAAUCGUCUCACUCUUCCUCACUGUUUUCAUUAAUUCAUUUAUUCUCGGUGGUGUCUACUUCCAAAUGGACAGAACAACCGAUGGACUUUUCACAAGAGGAGGUGCUAUUUUCUCCUCGAUCAUAUUUAUGUGUAUUUUGACGAGUGGUAAUCUUCAUGCAACAUUCAACGGACGUCGUAUCCUUCAGAAACACAAAUCCUAUGCUCUCUACAGACCAUCGGCAUUCCUUAUUUCUCAGGUGAUCGUUGAUAUUCCAUUCGCUUUCGCUCAAUCUUUUCUUCAUGCAAUCAUUGCCUAUUUUAUGUAUGGACUUGAUUACAAUGCUGGAAAGUUCUUUAUCUUUGCAUUCACUCUGGUCGGUGUCACUCUGGCUUGUGGUUCGUUGUACCGUGCCUUUGGAAAUUUCACACCAACUUUAUUUGCCGGUCAGAAUGUAAUGAAUUUCGUAUUCAUCUUCAUGGUGAACUAUUUUGGUUAUACCCAAUCAGUUUCUAAAAUGCAUCCAUGGUUCAAAUGGUUUUACCACGUCUCACCAUUGUCCUAUGCAUUCCGUGCUCUAAUGACAAAUGAAUUCAAAUCGAUCGAUUUCUCAUGCGAACAAUCUGCAAUUCCUUCCGGUCUAAGCUACACUGACUCUGCACAUCGUAUUUGUCCAGUUCCAGGUGCUGUUGAAGGAAAUUUGAGUGUUAAAGGUGGAUCUUAUAUUCUCGACUCAUUCGAUUUCAAAGUUGAACAAAGAGCUCUCUAUGUCGUGGUUGUCUAUCUUCUCUGGUUGUUCUAUAUCUUGUUGAAUGUUUUCGCAGUCGAAUUCUUUGAUUGGACUGCCGGUGGAUACACUCAGAAAGUCUACAAAAAAGGAAAGGCACCAAAGUUGAACGAUGUCGAAGAGGAACGUAAUCAAAAUAAAAUCGUUGAACAAGCCACCACCAACAUGAAAGAUAAUCUCAAGAUUCAAGGUGGAAUCUUCACUUGGGAGAAUAUUAACUAUACAGUCCCAAUUCCAGGUGCCGGUGAAAAGUUACUCCUCGAUGAUGUUCUCGGUUGGAUUAAACCUGGACAAAUGACUGCUUUAAUGGGAUCUUCAGGUGCCGGUAAGACAACACUGUUGGAUGUUUUGGCCAAGCGUAAAACCAUUGGAAUAGUCAAAGGUGACUCUGCAUUAAAUGGUAAAGCACUCGCCAUUGACUUUGAGCGUAUCACUGGAUAUGUCGAGCAAAUGGAUGUUCAUAAUCCAGGAUUGACUGUUCGUGAAGCUUUGCAAUUCUCUGCAAAACUCAGACAAGAACCAGAGGUACCACUCUCAGAGAAAUACGAAUAUGUCGAACGUGUUCUUGAAAUGAUGGAAAUGAAACAUUUGGGUGAUGCACUUGUUGGAAGUUUGGAAAAUGGAGUUGGUAUCUCUGUUGAAGAGAGAAAACGUCUCACCAUUGGAUUGGAACUUGUUGCCAAACCACAUAUUCUUUUCUUGGACGAACCAACUUCAGGUCUCGAUGCACAAUCAUCAUACAACAUUAUUAAAUUCAUUCGUAAACUUGCCGACGCUGGAAUGCCAUUGGUCUGCACAAUUCAUCAACCAUCACCAGUAUUAUUCGAGCAUUUCGAUCGUAUUCUCUUGUUGGCCAAAGGUGGAAAAACCGUUUAUUUCGGUGAUAUUGGUGAAAACUCACAAACUCUUGUCAAUUAUUUCACAAAGAAUGGUGGACGUGCUUAUGAUUCAACUGAGAAUCCAGCUGAAUAUAUUCUCGAUGUAAUUGGUGCCGGUGUACAUGGAAAGACUGAUUUUGAUUGGAGUGCAAUCUGGAAGAGUUCCACCGAGUACAACCAAGUGAAAUUGGAACUUCAACUUCUCAAAACCAGAGAAGAACUUGUCAAAUAUAUUAGUCAUGUCGACGAAGAAUCAAACAAUUCCAAGGCACCAAGAGAAUUCGCAACUGGAUUCCUCACACAAUUCAUCGAAGUCUACAAACGUUUCAAUUUAAUCUGGUGGAGAGAUCCACAAUAUACCAUUGGAUCGUUUGCACAAUCGUUGGUUUCCGGAUUGAUUAUUGGAUUCACAUUCUAUCAAUUGGAAAACUCAUCAUCCGAUAUGAACCAAAGAAUAUUCUUCUUGUGGGAAGGUAUGGUUCUUGGUGUCCUAUUGAUUUACUUGGUAUUGCCACAAUUCUUUAUUCAAAAGAAUUUCUUUAAGCGUGAUUACGCAAGUAAAUAUUAUUCAUGGCAUAGUUUCUCAUUGGCAAUCGUUGCCGUUGAAAUACCAUAUGUCAUCAUCUCAACAACGCUUUUCUUCUUUGCAUCCUACUGGACCGCAGGUCUCCAAUUCGAUGCGAUCACCGGAUUCUAUUACUGGUUGAUUCACUCGAUGUUUGGACUCUACAUUGUAUCAUUCAGUCAAGCAUUGGGAGCAGCUUGUUUUGACAUUGCCAUCUCGAUUGCAGCACUUCCAAUUCUUUUAUUCUAUAUCUUCUUGUUCUGUGGUGUCCAAAUUCCAUAUUCAUUGUUGCCAAAGUUCUUCCGUUUCAUGUACAGUCUCAACCCUGCCAAGUACUUGUUGGAAGGUAUUGUAACUACUAUCUUAAAGCCAGUGGAAGUUAUCUGUAAACCAGAGGAUCUCAUUAAAUUCACAUCACCAGACGGACAAACAUGUGAGCAAUACACCGAACAAUUCACACAAAAUGCACCAGGAUACGUAGUUUCAAUCAAUAACAAUCAAACUGAAUGUGGAUAUUGCAUAUAUAAAGAUGGUGAAGAAUACUAUCAAACAUUGGAUUGGCAUUACGAAAAUCGUUGGAGAAACCUUGGUAUUCUCGCUGCUUAUUGGGCUUCAUCGAUUCUCUUUAUCCUUGCCUUUGUUAUAUUUUACACUUUUUCAAAAUCUUCAUCAGAUUUUUAUAACAUUACUAUCUUAGGUUAUAAAGUCAAAGAAAUGUCAUUGAUAAAAUCAUAUGAUUGCAAUUAA